AUUUUUCUAGUCAGAAAUGUAAAUAAGCAAAUUUUGAAGCAUAAACCAUUGGUGCAAACCUCCGACGAGCAAACCAGAGGUGUUUUAACUUUCAAGGUUCCUCACAAAAGAGAUAAGUUUUGAGGACAAAAAACUAGGCAUGGUAACAAGUCUUCUCUCUUCCCCACCAACAUCUAUAAGCAUUACCCACAAAUUAAAUCACUGGGUUUUCACUCCCAACAUCACAUAUCAUCCCAAGUUGAUCAAAUACAACUCCUCUUCUUCUUUUCCCCAAAAUAAAACACUCUUCUGCUCUACCAUAGUUAAUGCAAUUUCAACACAACUUGCUUCUAAUGCAUCACGCAGCACCCAUCAGCGCCACUGGACAGUUGUCAUGGAUACACCUCCAACAAUGCUUAAUUCAAGGCCAGAGAUUAUUGAUUAUUAUGUCCAAACUAUACUUACAGUUCUGGGCAGUAAAAAAGAUGCUGAAAUGUGUAUAUAUGAUGCUUCUUGUGAUACCCAUUUUGGGUUUUGCUGCGACGUUGAUGAAGAAUUGGCCCGAGAAAUAGCACGUUUACCUGGGGUACUAUCAGUUAGGCCAGACCUAGAUUUUCACAUUGUUAGAAAGGACUCCAGUUAUUACAAGGUUCAACUGAAUCCACGAUCAGGCUCUUUUAAUGAAAGUUCAUGCUUAGUGCCUCUAAACAAUCCAAAACACUGGCUAGUUCGCACAGAGAAACCAUUGGUUGGGGUCAUGGAAAAACCACAAGUGGUUGACUAUUAUGUUCAAAUAUUAGCAAACAUUCUGGGAAAUGUUAAGGAUGCCCAAAUGUGUAUGUAUAAUGUAUUUUGGCAAUCCAACUUUGGGUUCUGUUCUGUACUAGACGGUGCUUGUGCACAUGAAUUAGCAGGUGUUCCUGGAGUUCUAUCUGUCGAGCCAGAUGAAAAAUGGGAUGACGAUAAUAUAUAUUCUGGAGGUGAAAGUGUGUUACAGUCUAGUGAUUCUGCUGAUGUGUUAUCAACGGGACAAAUGAUCAGCGUAGGGACAAAAAAGUUGUUUGUUACCGGUCUAUCUUUUUAUACAUCUGAAAAAACUUUGCGAGAAGCAUUUCAAGGUUUUGGUGAGCUUGUUGAUGUAAAAAUCAUAAUGGACAAGAUUUCCAAGAGGUCUAAAGGAUAUGCAUUCAUAGAGUAUACUACUGAGGCAGCAGCGAGUACAGCCCUGAAAGAAAUGAAUGGAAAGAUCAUUAAUGGUUGGAUGAUUGUAGUUGAUGUUGCCAAGACUAAUCCACCAAAGUACAGUAGGGAUCGACGAUAGUGAUCUGAGAAGAGAUUACAAGAGAUGAUUUUCUUCAAUGAGAGUUAUGUUUUGAGCAACUCGUGGAGCAACGCAUAUGUGGCAUGUGAGGCUUUUAUCUGUAUGUGGCAUGUGAGAACCACAUUAGGCACAUAUAUCAUUUAAAAUCUAGCAUCUCCGAUGGAGGCCGUGAAGGGAUGCUAAAUAUCGUCAAUCAUUUCAAAAUUAAAGUAAAGUAGGGCUACGAAAAGGGGUAUUAGGAACUAUUUAAAAUAUGUGGCAUAAGUAAUAUGCUAGUAUGCAAUAUUUUAUUGUUAUGAAAUGAACAGGUGGAUGACUUUUGGCUCUUCUUUAUUCCAAAAUUUUUGACCUUUUGUUUACUCUCAAUAAUGUGUAUCACUUUUAACUUUUCACGUGUAACUUAUAUUUGAUGGCCCAUAUAAAGUCAUUUAUACGAGUUUGCAAAACAUCUGAGAUGAAUAAUAAAAUAUUUUUCCUUGUAUAA